AUGGCGGAUCCAGCCGAAUGCAGCAUCAAAGUGAUGUGCCGGUUCCGGCCGCUCAACGAAGCUGAGAUCCUCCGCGGGGACAAAUUCAUCCCCAAAUUUAAAGGCGAUGAGACCGUGGUGAUCGGGCAAGGAAAGCCAUAUGUCUUCGACAGAGUGCUGCCUCCUACCACGACCCAAGAGCAGGUUUACAACGCGUGUGCAAAGCAAAUUGUCAAAGAUGUCCUUGAGGGUUAUAAUGGGACAAUUUUUGCGUAUGGACAGACAUCAUCAGGAAAAACGCACACCAUGGAGGGGAAGCUACACGACCCUCAACUCAUGGGCAUCAUCCCAAGGAUUGCACAUGACAUCUUUGACCACAUCUAUUCCAUGGACGAGAACCUGGAGUUCCACAUCAAGGUUUCCUAUUUUGAAAUCUACCUGGACAAAAUCAGGGACUUACUCGAUGUAUCCAAGACAAACUUGGCUGUUCAUGAAGAUAAAAACAGAGUCCCGUACGUAAAGGGGUGCACCGAGCGGUUUGUGUCAAGCCCCGAGGAGGUCAUGGACGUGAUAGAUGAAGGCAAAGCAAACCGCCACGUGGCUGUAACGAACAUGAAUGAACACAGCUCUAGAAGUCACAGUAUCUUCCUGAUUAAUAUUAAACAAGAGAAUGUAGAGACUGAAAAAAAACUCAGUGGGAAGCUUUAUCUAGUUGAUUUGGCUGGGAGCGAAAAGGUCAGCAAAACUGGUGCCGAGGGAGCUGUUCUCGACGAAGCUAAAAAUAUCAAUAAGUCUUUGUCUGCUCUUGGAAACGUGAUCUCUGCCUUGGCAGAAGGGACAAAAACACACGUGCCGUACCGGGACAGCAAGAUGACUCGGAUUCUUCAGGACUCUCUGGGCGGGAACUGUAGAACCACCAUCGUUAUUUGCUGUUCUCCCUCGGUGUUCAAUGAAGCUGAGACCAAGUCAACGCUAAUGUUUGGACAAAGGGCUAAGACCAUCAAGAAUACAGUCUCUGUGAACCUGGAGCUGACAGCGGAAGAAUGGAAGAAGAAAUAUGAAAAAGAGAAAGAGAAAAACAAGACGUUGAAGAAUGUUCUCCAGCAUCUGGAGAUGGAGCUAAACAGGUGGAGAAAUGGAGAAGCUGUGCCUGAGGAUGAACAGAUCAGUGCUAAGGACCAGAAGUCCCUGGAGCCCUGUGAUAACACCCCCGUCAUAGACAACAUUGUUCCUGUGGUUGCUGGCAUCUCCGCAGAGGAGAAGGAGAAGUAUGAUGAGGAGAUCUCCAGUCUCUACCGACAACUGGAUGAUAAGGAUGAUGAAAUUAACCAGCAGAGCCAGCUGGCUGAAAAGCUAAAGCAACAGAUGUUGGAUCAGGAUGAGCUUUUAGCUUCUACAAGAAGAGACUAUGAGAAGAUUCAGGAGGAGCUGACACGUCUCCAGAUUGAAAAUGAGGCAGCCAAAGAUGAGGUGAAAGAAGUUCUCCAGGCCUUGGAGGAGCUGGCUGUCAAUUACGACCAGAAGUCACAGGAAGUGGAGGACAAGACCAGGGCCAAUGAGCAGCUGACAGAUGAGCUGGCCCAGAAAACGACUACAUUGACAGCCACACAAAGAGAGCUGAGCCAGCUGCAGGAGCUUAGCAAUCACCAGAAAAAGAGGGCUACCGAGAUCCUGAAUUUGCUGCUGAAGGAUCUGGGGGAGAUAGGAGGAAUUAUUGGCACCAAUGAUGUGAAGACUUUGGCAGAUGUGAAUGGAGUCAUCGAGGAGGAAUUCACCAUGGCCCGGCUGUACAUUAGCAAGAUGAAGUCGGAGGUUAAAUCUCUGGUGAACCGCAGUAAACAGCUCGAGAGCGCCCAGAUGGACUCCAACAGGAAGAUGAAUGCCAGUGAGCGGGAGCUGGCAGCCUGCCAGCUGCUCAUCUCCCAGCAUGAAGCCAAGAUCAAAUCCCUGACAGACUACAUGCAGAACAUGGAGCAGAAGAGGAGGCAGCUGGAAGAGUCCCAAGACUCGCUCAGUGAAGAACUGGCCAAGCUCCGAGCCCAAGAAAAAAUGCAUGAAGUCAGCUUCCAGGAUAAAGAAAAGGAACAUCUGACCCGGCUGCAGGACGCUGAGGAAAUGAAGAAGGCGCUGGAGCAGCAGAUGGAGAGCCACCGGGAAGCUCAUCAGAAGCAGCUGUCCAGACUCCGAGAUGAAAUCGAGGAGAAGCAGAAAAUCAUCGAUGAGAUUCGGGAUUUGAAUCAGAAACUGCAACUGGAACAGGAGAAGCUCAGUUCUGAUUAUAACAAGCUGAAAAUAGAGGACCAAGAGAGAGAAAUGAAACUGGAAAAGCUCUUAUUGCUCAAUGAUAAAAGAGAACAAGCCAGAGAGGACCUCAAAGGGCUGGAGGAGACAGUGUCUCGAGAGCUACAGACUCUGCACAACCUCCGUAAACUCUUCGUCCAGGAUCUGACCGCCCGGGUUAAAAAAAGUGUAGAGCUGGACAGCGACGAGGGAGGAGGCAGUGCUGCCCAGAAGCAGAAAAUUUCCUUCCUGGAGAAUAACCUGGAGCAGCUCACUAAGGUCCAUAAACAGCUGGUCCGGGACAACGCAGACCUGCGCUGUGAGCUGCCCAAGCUGGAGAAGCGCCUGCGUGCCACGGCCGAGCGCGUCAAGGCACUGGAGAGCGCGCUGAAGGAGGCCAAGGAGAACGCCAUGCGGGACCGCAAGCGCUACCAGCAGGAGGUGGACCGCAUCAAGGAGGCUGUGCGAGCCAAGAACAUGGCCAGGAGGGCCCACUCGGCCCAGAUCGCCAAGCCCAUCCGCCCUGGACACUACCCAGCAUCGUCUCCAACGGCCGUCCACGCCAUCCGAGGGGGAGGAGGCAGCUCUUCAAACUCCACUCACUACCAGAAAUAAACACGAAAUACGACUCUCCACGUAGCAUGUCAAGGACUACAUUAAUC